UUGUCCCAAACCACCAUGCACCCCCUGCUCAACCUUGCCAACAUCGAUACGCUACCACCACAACCGCGGGAACGGGCGAAGGCAGCCGCCUCCGGCGCUCGCGACGCGGUCAACUAUUUCUUUCCGCUGCUCCAGCGGAUGCCCGGCGAAGCGGCACGGCCGCUUGUUUCUGUGUACUACGCGGCGCUAGACCCCGCGCCGAUAUCCCAGUUGGAGCGUCGGCUGCGCACCGGCCGUGACUCCGACCUCGAUGCUGUGGCCGACCAUGUCGGGCUAAUCGAUCGCGUCUACCAAUCCCUCCUCAUUCUCGUCCUGCAGAAGGUGGUCGUUCCCGGAUGCUUCAUCGAUCUCUGGGCGCGGAUCUUCCCGUGGGACAAUGCAAUCCACGCCUUUCUCCGAGACCGCGACCUUCUCACGCCCGAAGGCGCAAAGCAAGUCUACGGCAACAUCGCUGCACUCAUGACCGUCAUCUGGCAGCACUCUGAAGACGACUUCCGCGGGAAACUCCACUCCGACUCGCCCGGUCUCGGCUUGCUCGUCGGCGGGGUGUGGAAGGCCCUCGUCGAGGCGAAGUAUCUCGAAGGUCUGCACAACUCGGGCUUCCACCUGACGCGCGACUUUGGGCGGAACCUAUGGGGCAGCACAGAGCGCAUGCAUGAGCUUGUCAGGGGUGUGGGCAACCGCUAUUCCACGCUCGGUGUGCUGCUCAGGGAACACAUCAAACUCGCUAUCCCGUCAGCGACCAGCCAAGUUGACGAUAUGGCGAUGCGCAUCACCUACGGCGCGACAGAACUGCUCACAAUUGGCGCAUCCUCUCCCGAAACGACGGUAGAGUUCACGCGCGCCGUAUUGGAAGCGGGAAUCGUCCCCGUCAUCGUCGCGGCGGCGUUUGCACUGGGGAACCGAGAGGGCGGCCUCGCUCGCGAAUCGCAAUGGAACAUCUUCAACUUCCUCCGUGUCGCAUUCGUGACCAAAGACGCCGCCCGCUGGAUCAGCGAAGCACUCGAUGCCAACUUUUUCCCCGCGCUCUUCCUCUUUACGGGACGCAGACGGGAGACGGGGAGCGCGGUCAAGUUUGAAGAGGAGACGCUGCGCGCGCUCUUGGACGAUAUACUGCCUGGCUUCACGCUCCAUUUCUCGGUGCUCAUGCAGCUUCGCUUUUCGCUCGACGCCGUCCAACAACAGCUUGACGCACGCAACUUCUUCAAGGACGCCGAGUCUCUUGAUGCCUGGCACGCCUUCACCGAGUUGGUGACGGAAAGGACCAGGCUGGCAGAAGCCUUCAAGGCCACAUUGGACGUGGAUCUGCUGAGGGCUUGUAACAACGCAACGUGCAAGAAGAAGGGCCAGACGGGGGACCUCAAACGCUGCGCGCGUUGCCAGACCGCCAUCUAUUGCUCGAAGGAAUGCCAGGCUGCCGACUGGAAGAAGCGCCACAAACUCGAGUGCGGAAAACCGCCGGCGACGAGUUCAUUGACAGCAGCUCAGCUUGCUCAGUAUCGCGCCCACGACACCGCCUUCCUGCAAACGCUCAUCCUCUCCGACCUGGUGUCGGCUUCCUCCCGCGCAAUACUCGCGCCAGGGCUCCUCCGCGAAUACCACCAUGACGCAGAAGGACCCGUCUAUCUCCUGCUCGACUACACCGCCAAGCACGGCCGCUGCACUGUGUCCAUCGCGCGCACAAGCCCUGAGGCCGCAAACGGUGCGCCCAGCGCGAAUGUCCAGACGAUAUUCGCACGCAUGCACGCCGGCCCCGGCGUGCCGGACCGGAACGGUCGGUGGUGGAAGCUCACCAUGGCGGCCGCGAAAUUUGCGUUGGGUGUAGAGGCUAAGCGCGUUGCGGGGCUGAUUCCUGCGGCUGCCGUGGAGGUCGACUAUGCCGAGUGGGCUGAUGAGAUGAAGGUGGAUAGGGGCAUGGGGGCAGAGAUGCAGAGGCUUGUGGGCGUUGUGGGAGCAUUGAGUUUCUCGCAAGUUCGCUGUGCCUAA